AUGUCGGGCAUGCCAAGCAAAGACAUUGGUGCUGAGCAGCAGCAGCCAGGCGACCCUGGUACCUCAAACACAUCUCAGCAACUAGCAGAGCAAUACGGCGGCGAUUUUGGCAUGACUGGAUCCGAAAUGCCCGAAGCACCACGAGACAAGUUCUUCCGCAAGAUGAGGGAGCAACCUCUUGUUCCCAUCGGCUCACUGCUUACAUGCGGUGCCCUAAUCGCAGCCUCAAAUCACCUUCGUACCGGCAACCGAGAUCAGUUCAACAAAGCUCUUCGAUGGCGUGUCGGUUUCCAAGGUCUCACCGUUCUCGCAGCAUUAGCAGGUUCUUUCUACUACGGUCAACAAGCAGCUGCAUCUGUACCUGCUCCUCCUGCUACACCUGCGGACGCGCCGCUUCAGCACGGCACAGUAACGACCCUUCCGGGACGAGCACCGACACACUGGCAGCAGACACGAGCGGAAGAACGAGCGAGCAAGGAUCGGGAUGGAUUUGAGGCUCGUGUUGGUCAAGCACUGGAUCGGGAGUUGAACGAUGAUAAGCGUCUGGAAGAAGCGCUACUGGGUAAAGAGGAAGAUUUGGAAUCGUUGAACAAGUCCAGCAAGACAAGACCUGUGAUUGGUCAGGAUAGCCGUCGACAGGUGUAG